CCCCCUUGCCCCCCGCCAUGCUGAGUGUGCUGCUGCUCCUGGGCGGCCUGGCCCCCGCCCUGGCCGCUGGUCCCCACUGGACGUACGAGGGUCCCCACGGGCAGCAGCACUGGCACGAGGCACACCCGGAGUGCGGAGGCCGGGCUCAGUCACCCAUCGACAUCGCGACAGCGCGGGCACAGCACGACCCCUCCCUGCCGCCGCUGCUGCCCGAGGGCUACGAGCACCCCGAGAGCCCCCAGCUGACCCUCGCCAACAACGGCCACACCGCCGUGCUGGCGCUGCCACCGUCCCUGCGGCUCCGGGGGCUGCCCAGCGCCUUCGCUGCCGUUCAGCUCCACUUCCACUGGGGCCGGCCCAGGCACGCCGCUGGCGCUGAGCACCUGCUGGACGGGCACCGUGCCCCCGCCGAGAUGCACGUGGUGCACUUCGAUACCGAGCGUUUCGCCGAUGCCAGCGCGGCGCAGCCGCACCCGGGCGGGCUGGCCGUGCUCGGCGUCCUCCUGGAGGUGGGAGACGACCCCCACCCCGCCUAUGACAACAUCCUGAGGCAUCUCGGCAGCAUCCGCUAUGCAGGGCAGACGGUGGCCAUCCCCUCCUUCAGCAUCCGGGAGCUGUUGCCCGAGCACCUGGAGCGUUACUACCGCUACAACGGCUCCCUGACCACCCCGCCCUGCUCCCAGAGCGUCCUCUGGAGCCUCCUCCCGCAGCCCGUCCGCAUCAGCCGCGCCCAGCUGGAGCAGCUCCAGGGAAGCCUUUACUCCACGGAGGAGGGCCAGGAGGAGCCGCAGCUCCUGGUGGACAAUUUCCGAGCCCCGCAGGAGCUGAACCAGCGCCCGGUGCUCGCGUCCUUCCCCAGGGAGCCAGAGGGAUAUUCCACAGGUGAGGUCAUCGCCAUCAGCUUCGGCGUCCUCGCCGGCUGCGUCGCCCUCUUCCUUGCCAUCCACUUUGGGGCCAAGAGGAUGCGGGAGAGGCGGGCGCAGGCACAGGACGUGGUGUUCAAGGCUUCCUCCCGCCACUCGCCCGUGGACACUGGGCACUCCCGCUGACCCUGGUCCGGGCUGGGCUGGGCUGGGAGGGGCUGGCCCACGCCAUCCCCCAGCCCCACUGCAAAUAAAACCCU